AUGGCAAACAAAGCAGCAUUCCAAGUAAUUGUCUUGGGUCCAACAGGAGGACCUCGUGAAGACACGGUGACAGGCCUUCUAGUGCGAUCAACAUCUACACAAUGGUCACUAAAUUCCGUAGUUGCUGUUGAUGCAGGCACCCUACUGGCUGGCAUUAUCAGAACGCUUGAGCUGUAUAUCACAGAAUCGAAAGAUGGAAAAGGUCUGAUGAAGGAAGGUCCGUUUGUCGGCCUUGACUUGCCUGCCAGGACGGCUCGGGCCAAUGCCGCGUACAUCUUUCGAGAAAUCAUAGGAGCUGUGCUCCUCACACAUCCACACCUGGAUCACCUGGCUGGGUUGGCGAUAAAUACACCGAUGCUAGAGGCCGGGAGUGGGCCGAAGACACUGGCUGCUUUACCUUCUAUCGUCAAUGCCAUCAAAAGUCAUAUGUUCAAUGACGUUAUUUGGCCAAACCUUUCGGAUGAAGAUGGCGGGGCUGGAUUCAUCACUUACCAGCGUCUUGUCGAAGGAGGAAAUCCUCGAUUUGGACUUGGUGAGACGAAGGGUUAUGUUCGGGCUUGUAAUGGUCUGUUGACCAAAUGCCUGGCUGUCAGUCACGGUCGCUGUAAGCGGCAUCACCUAGACACCGGAAAGUCUCAGGGCAGUACGGUAUUCACGACAGAUCCGCUUGUAGUGCCCUCUCGAGCAAUAUCUCUCGAUCAUUCUGAGGCUGGGCUGUAUUCGCCAGCACGCUCUCCCCGCUUGUACGCUACGAAUAUGAAGGAACCUGUGUGGCAGGCUGUUGAAAGCUCUGCGUUCUUUAUCCGCGACUAUGCCACAGGAAGCGAAAUCAUCGUCUUCGGCGACGUUGAGCCUGACUCAAUUUCUCUUGAUCCGCGCAAUAAACGCGUGUGGGAGGUAGCAGCGCCGAAAGUAGCCUCUGGGACGCUACGAGCAAUAUUCAUUGAAUGUUCUUAUGAUGACUUAGUCGAUGAUAGUUCGCUAUAUGGUCACCUAUGUCCGCGCCAUCUGAUCGCCGAGUUGACAGUUCUAGCUCAUAAAGUCAUGAAUUGCCAACGGCAGAGCGUAUCCACCACUACGGGAAAACGCAGGCGCACAAAUUCCACACCUGUCGGGGAAGUGAGUCCCAAAACAAAACGUAUUUCCAUACACCGAGAAAGAAAAUCCGACGCAUCUCCAGGUCGGGCUUCCGCCAGAAGUGGCACUCGAUCACGGCUCAACUCAGGUGACUACACUGGCCAGACCCCUGAUUUAGUUCAUGAUGCACCAACACCUAGUCUGCACGAUCCUGUUGAUGGAGACGACGGGGAUCAUGGGCCCGACCCCAAUGGAUCGGAAAAUAUCCAAUGGGCUGAUUCAAGCCCGCUCCCUCUGGCGGGCUUAUCUGUUUAUAUUAUCCAUAUCAAAGAUACCCUGACCGACGGGCCGUCCCCGGGUGUUCAGAUCUUGCAGCAGCUCAGAUCGCAAGGCGAGGCAGCUGGACUUGGCUGCGAAUUCUAUGUUCCCAGUGCUGGCGAAGGUAUAUGGAUCUGA